GACAGCGAUGGCGGCCGAGGCUCCCUUGCAGGAUUUGCUGGAAGAAGCCACCUGCUCCAUCUGCCUGGACUAUUUCCAGGACCCCGUGCUCAUCCCGGAGUGCGGCCACAACUUCUGCCGGGGCUGCCUGACCGGCAGUUGGGGAACGUCGGAAUCGGAGGCUUCCUGUCCCCAGUGCAGACAGACCUUCGGGCCCCGUAACGUCCUGCCCAACAGGCAGCUGGCGCGGCUGGUGGAAAUGGCCAGGAGAUGCGAAGAUCCUUGGGGCGAGGAAGGAGGGAGCGUCUGCCCGAAGCACCGGGAGCCGCUCAAGCUCUUUUGUAAACAUCACGAGACUCUCAUCUGCGUGGUCUGCGACCGAUGCAAAAAGCACAGGGGCCACUUGGUGAUCCCUGCGGAGGAGGCUUUCCAGGAGUACCAGCUCAAGGUUGGGGAUUGCCUGAAGGCUCAGAAGGAGGAGAAAGAAAAAAUAGCUACAUACAAAACCGAAACCGAGCAAAGAGUUCAGGAGAUGCUUGACAUUGGAAGCAUCUUGGAGAAGUACCAGGCAAAGAAAACAUUUGAGAAUCCAGUGGAUUUACUUCUAGAGCCAAAGUGGACAAUCUGGGAUUACAAUGAUAUCACUGUGCUUCUGAAAAGCGCCAUGAAAAAAUUGAGAGAUACUCUGGAAACUGGAUUUCAACUACUGGAAGUGAAUGUAAUUGUGGAUCCAGAUACAGCCCAUCCUGGCCGUCUUGACAUCUCCGAAGAUAAAAAAAGCAUCAAAGCAGUUAAGCCAGUUAAAGCAAAAUAUCCUGCGGCAAACUGGAAGAGAUUUGAAUAUAAUCCUUAUGUCCUUGGCUGUCAGAGGUUCUCAACAGGGCGACAUUUCUGGGAAGUUAUUGUGGGAGAUACAGCUGGAUGGCGUGUAGGGGUUGCCAACAAGCCAGUGAACGUAACAAAUGUUGAUUUGCAGACCAGACGCUGGCAGAUUGGGUUAUGGGAAGGGACAUAUAGAAUCUUCUCUCCAUCAGUAUGCUCUGAACUGGUCCUGACCGAGAAGCCCACAAGGAUCCGCAUCUCUCUCAACUGCGAAGGGGGACAAGUGAGCUUUUUUGAUGCCAGGACAGCAGCUCUGCUCCAUACAUUCUCAGACGCUUCCUUGGUUGGAGAGACCCUUCUGCCCUGUUUCUUUUUGCGUGAUGGCGCCUGCAUAACACUUCUCUAAAAUAAGGGGAAUCCAUAGACAAUACUUUGGAAAAAUCUCUAUUUGCUAAGCAGUGGUGCCUAAAAGCCGUUAAAGCAGUGGUUUCUUAGCUUUUUGCCUCACUGAAUUGCUUGCAGUUGGGUUAUUGACCCGGAAUUAGGAGACAG